UCCUCUCUUUCUUCUCUCUCUCUUCCCUCUCUCCCAUCUUCCUUAUUCUUCCCCCCCCCUCCUCCUCUCGCUAUCAUCUCUCAUUGAAUAUGACAACAACUGCUGCCAUAAACACACGACGUCAAAUCAUUCAGGUAUAAGUUUGGAACACGGCGGGGCCGGCUGUCGAGCGGAGAGGAAAUUCUUAAGCAUUUUUUGAAAUGGCUGAGCUAAAAAAAAAGGUCACCUUUACUUGUUGGAUGAUGAAAAGCACUCUACGAUCUAUCAAACAAGUCGUCCGUUCAGUUCUUUGGCGGCAACGCGGAUGCCCAUGGCGACCGCAUCAGCAACGUCAGACCCACCCAUUUCGGCUGGACAACAAAGUAGUCGUUUUCUAGCACAUUAUGACAAACUCAUCUACAACGUGCAAAAAAGGCGGUCAAACAACAAUGAGCGAAGAAACUUAUCGUUGACGGAAAAGAUUCUGUAUGGACAUGGAUUGGAUAAGGACACAUGUUUCAUAAGCAGCAACGACCACUACUCCUCCUCUUCUUUCUCCUCUGCUCCUGCUGUCAACCUGUCGUCGUGGCCUGUGUCGAGUGGUGCGUCAUUUGCUGAUAACGGCAGCGGGAGUUGUGGUGACACAAGAAGCAAAAAAGAUAAUUCCGUGCAUGAUUUAGCUGGUCUUGUAUCAUCACAUGACAAAAGGAGUGGUUUAGAGUUUUUCCCAACCACUGCUGCCGCUGCUGCUGCUACAGCAACACCACCACCAUCGCCAACCAUGAUGGAAACCUAUGCCUUUCCAGGAGGACUCUUGAUCACAAACAACACGAGCCAAAGAUCGAUGGACGCGUUGUUACCGGCUAGUGGUAGCACCCAUACGACGACGUCUCGUAACGCCGGUGUCUUGAGCACACUUUGUGUCAACCAUCGAGAUCCCAUCUCAGCAGCAACGACCCAUCGUCAACAACAACAGCAGGUAGCAUUCACAGAACUAAACCAAGAAACUUCUUAUUUGCCCCCCCGAAUCAUUGGUGUGCGAUUACAAGGAACUUUGUCUGGAUGGGCUACACCCAAAGAUAUUUGUUUGCAUAUCUCUCAAGAACUUAAAAAGAGAAAUCAAGAUAACAAAGGCCAUCCUAUUAUUCUGGAGUACCAUGGACCAGGCACAGACAGCGUCUCCUAUAACGACAGGACAGAAAUAUGCACAAUGACAUCCGAGCUUCUCGGUGGUGGUGGUGGUGGUGGCACCAACAGCAAUGCAGCAACAGCAUUAUUUCCAUUCACGAACAAAACAUUCGAUUACCUAUGUACGACCGGUCAACGCUCGUUGGCCUAUGCAGCAAGCGCCAUUGCCGAUGUCUACCUCCAACCGGAUCAAGACGCCGUGUACGAUGAUCUCAUUGAGCUACAACUCGAUCGUCUGCAACCCCAUGUGCACGGUCCGUUCACUCUGGAUCGAGUGACCCCAUUGUCUGAGUUCAAGCAUACUGUCAUUGAAGAGGAAUGGCCUGAACAAGUGAGUGGCGUGACUAUUAUCGCCAGCACUUGCAAGAAGAAGGAUGGUCAUACGCUUUCGCGUGUCGCCCGUGUUGUCAACCAAGCCCGACGCAAAGGCCUUCGCGUGAAGCUUCCAUUGCGGGUUGUGUUGUUACGUGAUGACGAUGAUGGUCAGAAAACUGAGAACGAGUUGCUUGUUCCUCUUUUCGAAAGUAUUGGCGCAACCGUGGUUUCGCAGCAUCGAUCUUGGGUGGGUGGCAUUGCCGCUUUACAACAUAAAAGUAGCAUCGCGGGCGACGCCGAAUGGAACUCGGUAUUGUCGACUUGUACGAGUGCUUUGGAUGAGGAACUGCGGUUCAUUGGUAACCCGAACACGCAUGCCUUUGUAGCAUCUCCAGAGAUUGUCAUUGCCAUGGCGUUUGCUGGAAAACUUACUUUCAAUCCCGUGUGCGACCGUAUCAUUGGUCGUGACGGCGCACCAUUCCAAUUCACGCCAUCUACAAAGCCUUUAUUUUUAUAAUUGCUCCAUAUCAAAACACUUCUCCCUUCUCACGCCACCCAAGCCGUUAUAAAUACCUUCUAACAUCAUCUUGUAUAUAGUCGUUCUUCUGUGUUCCCUUUGGUAAUGUCUCGCAUAUCCUCUAAUUUACCGAUAUACCCUCUUCCUCUACUUAUGAAUGCACGAAUAUGUAAAUUUCUAUACUACUUUUGUAUAAACCCCACCCUUCUAAGCUGUCAUCAUCUAUUUAUUCCAUACUUGACAGCACACUUUUCUUUUGGAAUCUCUCCAUUCAUUGCAUGAUGAUAAAAUAGAUAAUAUCCUCAAAUUGUACAGCGUCCAGUUCAUUAUGUGUUACGCGAUGUGAUAAGUGGCUUCCUUUGUAUUGAC